AUGAACUCUCGAACAGUAUAUUGUUACUACUACAAACUAAAAUCGUAUAUUCGUCAUGGACCGCAUAUGUUCGCUUUUAAUUACGCAGCCAUUCCAAUUCAAAAGUUGAAGGAAACCCAACGUCGAAAGCUGGUCCGACGGAAGGGAGCUUCCUUUGUGGUCCAAGAGCGAGAGUUCCCCACUGAGGUGCCUGUUGCCAGUGUUCGUGAAUACUGGCUCCCUAUAGUGGGCGAACAUAAACCAUUCCACGUAGGACCUGAAUUCGAGGAAUGGUCGAAGUCCAUUGGAUCGCAGCGAGACACACCUCUUCGCUCUGGGGAGCUGACUGAGGAAACCUGGAGGACUUUGUUCUCUAAGGUCAAGCCUUGGAAAGCUAGUGGCCCAGACGGUAUCCAAGGGUUCUGGUGGAAACACCUACCCGAGGCAAAGCGGCAGUUGAAGACCUGGUGCCUUCGGGCACAACGACAGCCGCGCAAGUCGAUCCCAAACUGGCUCUGCCAGGGAAGGGUCGUACUGAUACCGAAGAAGAGAGGCGAUCCACGUUCGCUCGGACCCGGAGACUUCCGGCCAAUAGCAUGCUUAAACACAUGCUAUAAGAUCUUGACCGGCAUGAUGGCGGCACACAUCUCCCAAGUAGUAGGAGACCGGUUUCCCGGUAGUCAAGUUGCCCUACGAAAAGGAGUUUGGGGUUGCACUCAUGCCCAGAUACUGGACCAGACCAUUGUCAAGGACGCGGAGCGACAUAAUAAAGAACUGCACAUGCUUUGGGUUGACAUGACGAAGGCAUACGAUUCCCUCUGCCACGGUGCUAUUUCGUGGGGCAUCAAACAGUGGGGAGUACCAUCUGAUGUCCGACGUCUUUUGUCAACCAUCAUGUCACUCCAGACCGUAAGGUACUGUGGUUACUCGAACGGGAGACAAGUCCGGAGCAGACCCCUGCAGAUCAGAAAUGGUCUUAUGCAGGGUGACACUCUUAGCCCGUUGCUAUUCUGUCUAACCAUAGCACCCCUUUCAGCGUGGAUCCAGGCACACGUCAAGCCGUACCAAACGAAGACCGGUUCAGGGCCCCGCUCUGACGGCGCCUUACAGGUUAACCAUGUGUUCUACAUGGACGACCUUAAGGUGUUUACACCUGAUUGGGAAAGCUUGAUGGUGGCCCGUAAGGGGAUCCAGCGAGUUGCUGGGAGGCUUGGCCUGGAAAUGAACAUGAGUAAGUGUGCAAUACGGUCGCUCAACUCCGAAGACAUGGGGCGAGAUCGAGCCGAUGAAGUAGGUGGAAUACCUAUUCUCGGAGGCACCGAGGUCUAUAAGUAUCUGGGGGCUGAGCAAACUGGGUUGAUCUGUUUCGAGGACCUAUGGCAUCGAGUCGCAGAAACGGCGACGGCUACGGCACGAAGGUUGUUCUUCAGUAACCUGACGAUUCGUCAGAAGGUGAACGGGUUCAACCAGGUGGUCGUACCGAAGCUAAAGUAUGCGUUCUCGUGCAUAGUAUUCGGAAGCAGGGAGAUUCAGCGCGCUGAGAGUGCGAGCCCGUAA